UUAUUCCUGCCGUUAACUACCCUACAAGAAUUGUGUGAUGGAAACUAACACAUUCUCAUUUAUCUUACUAACACAUUUGCAAAUUUUGCGUUGGUUAAUUGAUGAUGAUAGUAACCAGACAGCACAAAUGACCGCUGCCGUCUUAGAUUGGCCGCAGGGUACUUUCUGUAAUAAAGUAGAAAAGACAGAUGCUGGCUUGACUAUCACACGUGAAAUCGAUGGUGGUCUAGAGACUAUUAAAACUAAGAUCCCAGCAGUGCUGAGCGCCGAUUUGCGCCUGAAUACACCACGUUAUGCAACGUUGCCAAAUAUGAAGUCAAAGAAGAAGUCAUUAAAGAAAACCACGCCAAAGGAUUUGGGAGUCGAUACAACACCACGCAUCGAGAUUGUUUCUGUUGAGGAGCCGCCUCACAGUGGUUCGGAUAGCAGAUCUAGCUGGACGAAAGUCAAAGUUUUUUUGUUUUUAAAAUACUUAAAUAGCGCUUCUCUUGAUGCUUCGGAUAAGGCCAUAUAUUCGGCCUCUGUGCUAGAGAGCGCGACAGUACGCUGA